GUCAAACACCCAUUUCUCUUUUCAUUUCUCUCUCUAUAUAUAUUUAUAUCUAUUUCAGAUUCAAACAAGCUCAUAUAAGUCUGUUAUCAAUAAACAAUAAAAGACUAAAAAAGAAAACUGUAAAUGAUGGUUGAUCAGAAAGAAGAUUUAGCUUUAAGCCUUAGCUUAAACUUUCCGUUUCCGGCCACUUCUGACCGGAAUCCGUCGUCACUUCAGUUGAAUCUCAUGCCAACUUCCUGCAAUCAGCUUAAUAAAGCUCCUAAUUGGUUCACUUCAUAUCCCUCUUCAUCAGAUCGGAACACGGUUGAUGCGUUUCGAGUCGAAACGAGGUCGUUUUUGAAAGGAAUUGAUGUGAACAGAACACCAACGACGGCGGUCGAGGCGGAGGAGGAAGCCGGUGUUUCGUCGCCGAACAGUACGAUAUCGAGCAUCAGCGGGAAGAGAAGUGAACGAGAUCUGCCGGUGAACGAAAACGACGGCGAGAGAGGCUCCGGCGGUAGUGAUGAUGAUGACGGUGAUAAUUCCCGGAAAAAACUCCGUUUGUCUAAAGAUCAAUCUGCUGUACUUGAAGAAAGCUUUAAAGAACACAACACUCUGAAUCCUAAACAAAAGCUGGCCCUAGCCAAGAGGCUUGGCCUAAGACCUCGUCAGGUGGAAGUUUGGUUCCAAAACAGAAGGGCAAGGACAAAGUUGAAACAAACAGAAGUGGAUUGUGAGUUUUUGAAAAGGUGUUGCGAGAAUUUGACAGAUGAAAAUAGAAGGUUACAAAAAGAGUUGCAAGAAUUAAGGGCUUUAAAACUAUCACCACAAUUCUAUAUGCAAAUGGCCCCUCCAACAACCCUAACAAUGUGUCCCUCGUGUGAGCGUGUGGCGGGUCCAUCGGGUGGUUCAUCUGAUAAGAAGCCACAGCUGGGUGAUCAUCAACAUAAACAGCGGGCCCACGUCGCCGGUAUGAACCAAAUCCAAAACAAUCAUCGAGCAAUGCCGUUUACCAACCCGUGGACAACGUCUGCCAAUCAGGUCGCUCAACGACAAAUGGGUGUGUUGCAUCCACGGUCGUGAUCGACUGAAAGGGUAGUUUAGUCAUUUUAGUUUGAAAGAAAAAAAGAAGAUAUGAUAUGGGAGUUUGGUUGGUUAGGAUCUAGUGAUUUGGUCUUAUUGACCAAUUUUUAUUAAUUUAUUCUAUUUUGGGGGUUAGUUUUGUAAUUUUAUAAUUAGUUUUAUAAAAUGUUAAAAGUAUCUUGUUCCCAAAUUUUCAGAAAGGAGAAACAAACAAGACUCAUUGUUUGAAGGGGAAAGAAGAGACAUGAUACUAGUGUUGUAAAUUCCCCUCACUAAUUAGUUGUCAACAAAAUUCUCAAAUGUUAUAUUUCAAUAUUUAUUUAUCCUAACUAUAAAAUAAUAAUUAGAAUGA